UUAGCUAAAUUUACUUUUAUUAAUAAUUAAAAUAUAUUGAAAAGAAUGGAAGAUAAUAGUGACAAGCGUGCUUUGGUGAUAAAUAGAAAAGAAUCACAACAAACUCUUAACACUGAAUUUGAAAUCAAAAAGAAAAAAAUUAUAUUUACGCUCUACUUUAUUAUGUUCACUGGAUCAGUAGGUUUCUCUAUUUUGAUGUCUUCUAUGUGGCCGUUUAUGAAAGAGAUUGAUAAAUCAGUGUCUGAAACAUUUUAUGGUUGGGUAAAUGCUGCAUUUAGUUUUGCCCAGAUGUUGUUUUCAUUCAUGUUUGGCUACUGGUGUGAUAGAAGAUCUUCCAAAGAGCCAUUGAUGGUCUCUUUUAUUUUAAUGAUUUCAGGAUACAUUAUAUAUGCUUAUGCACAAACAAAAGGAGGGCUUUGGUUUGUAUUAGUUGGGCGUAUACUUGUUGGUUGCAGUGCAGGAAAUGUUGCAGUAACAAGAACACUUGGUGCUCAUCUAACAAAUCAUCAAGAAAGAGCAAAAGUUUUGUCUUAUUUAACCAUGUCUCAAGCUACUGGUUUUCUUAUUGGACCACUUUUUCAGGCAGCAUCAAAUCCUGUGGGAUCAAAAGUUUAUAACAUCUCGUUUAUCCGACUAAAAUUAAGCAUGUAUACAAUACCUUGCUUAAUUAUGAUCGUAUUGGGGGUUGUUAAUAUUAUUUUGGUUUUGGUGUAUAUUCAAAAAAUCUCCAAUGAAAGUGAAGCUCAUGAAAAAGCAAACUUGACCUCUAAUUUUGAACCGGUUGAUAAGUAUGCUGUUUUGGCUUGUAUUGGCCUUUGGUUUGUGGGAAUGUCUAUUUUUUCUUUAAACGAAUCAAUUCUUUCUCCUCUCCUUAUGAAUGAGUAUGGUUGGUCACGUGAACAAACAACAUUGUAUGGUGCAAUAAUUCUGUCUUGCUCUGGGGUCCAAUCUAUUUUUUUGUAUAUUGCCGCUGCUCCUCUUUGUAAGAGAUUCACUGAAAGAAAAGUUAUGAUAUUUUCCUACUUUUUGAUGUUUCUUGGAUUUGUUUUUUAUCUGCCAUGGGGUCCAGGAAAACUAAAAAUUAUUGAUAAUAUCAAUGCUACUACUAUUGACAAUGGGGGAGGUGGUUGCCCUAGUAAUUACCGAUGGUGUCACUACACUCCUCAAUUGUCGUUUCCACAGCUUGUUACAGGAAUAAUUUUUAUCAACACUGGUUAUCCUCUUGGGAUUGUAAUGGUUAACGUAUUGUACUCUAAGAUUAUUGGUCCCUUCCAGCAAGGCCGUUAUAUGGCUUGGUUAACAGGAAUAGGAUCUCUUGCUCGAGUUGCAGGUCCUUUGUAUAUUACAGCGAUAUAUAAACAUUUUGGUUUGCGAUGGUCGGCAACAUCUACUAUAAUUAUAAUAUUUGCAACUAUAGUGACAAUCGGUCUUAGUUGGAGGCGGUUGGUACCUUAUGCACCGGGACGUAAAAUAAUCGCCUGCUAAUAUUUUUUUUUUAAUCAACAUUUUUAAAAAUUUCCCAGUGGGCCCGGGUUUAAAAAAGACGUCUUUCAAACGUUCAAAAGACCCUUAAAAGAUAUAUUUUUUACGUCUCGUGCCUACUGGGUUAGUAUUAUGUUUUAUAUUUUAUAAAGUUUAUUGGUUUCCUAAACUGUUUUUAUAUGUUUAUUAAAAUGUUUUUAUACAGAAAUAAUAUAUAUUCUGUUUUAUAUAUAGAAUUAUAUAUUCUUUUUUCCUUUUCUUUUUCUUGAUUAGACCUAAUUGCUUUUUGAUUA